GAGCGAAUGUAAUAAUCCUAUUAACUGUAUGUAGUUUACGAGACAGCGGAUGUUUUCAUUUUAGGGUUCAACCGUGUAUGAUGCACGUUCAUUUUAUGAGCGAAGUGGGCACACGACAGUUUCGCGCCUUGCAGUUACACACAGCUAGUGUGUUAUUUGCGGAGCAUCAUAGUCGCACUGCUUAUUCCACAGCUGCAGAAAGAGCGGGCUUUGCUAUCUCCACACGACAAGUUGCAUCGGAAGAUCGGAAUCUCCGCAACACACGCACUAUGUACGUCGGUAUAUUUACGUGAGCAUCUCGCUGUAUCAGAUCGAAAACCGACGCCGCGGCGUCUUGCAGAAUCCAAUCUACUUUAUUAUACCAUCCUACGCACUAACAGGGAAGAAAACAGGAGCCAUUUUGUUGAGCUGUACAUCUCAUUUUAAACUUCAGGAAUAUACGCAAAACUCCUCCCAAGCGGCCGUCAUCUUACUGAUGUGGUUAGAUAUGACUGUGUGUGUGUGAUUGUGAUCGCACCACCGCCUAGGUAAAUACGCCGUUAACCGAAUGCAUUGUGGAGAUACGGAGAAAGGUAUUCAUAUCUGGUCCUGAUAUAGAAGCCUGUGGUUGAUCUCAUUUACCGUGUGUUUAAGUGCAAAUGGGCACAGCGGGUUAGGGGAUACACGCUCCCCAUGUGAAUAUCACAAUCUCGCUGUGACGACGUCAUCCUGCGAGUGCUUUAUGACACAAGCGGUGUCUGGAAACUCGGUUUCGAUUUGAUGUCGGCCAAUUUCAUUGUCAUCAGCACACACGGUUUUUCCAUCUGUUUCAGGAUAGAGUGAUCACACAGCACAACGACUACUACAAUCAACAUAUAAGCCAACAGGUUUGUGCUAUACGCUUGGGUUAAUACACGCAUGGCAAAAGGGAGAGGGUGAAUCGAUUUGAUUGGAGAUUAAUGGCCAGUGUUCUUGUAUCACGAACGAGUGCACCUACAAACAUGAAUGGAAUACCGGACUCUGAUGGGGAUAGCCCCACACACAUGCAGCAGGGAGGAGGUUCCCCUUGUAAGCCAGCCCGGCAACAGGAUGCAAGUGGUGCCGAGACCUACGUGAAACUUAGUCCAAAUGAUCUUGGUGCUUCUUGCGAGGGACUCGCUAUGAUGACACACAAUGGACAGUCGGCAUCCAAGCAACAGAUGGGUGGAGGAAGCGUCCAGAAUGGAUGUGAAGGGGCAGAGUCCUCACCAACAGGCCAUGUCCUCUUUACAGCACAAAGCUUCGAGGAGCUCUUCCUAGACAAGAUCUUCUUGCAAAGACUCUUCUUGUACCUCACGCCGGUAGAGCGUUGUGGACUCGCACACGUUUGUAAAAGUUGGAAGGAAGUGUUGUACCAACCAAUGUUCUGGAAGACGGUCACACCAAUCCUCCACCGCAGAGACUUGUACGAGGAACAGGAUGAUGGCAACAAGAACUUCACAUCCUUAUCUAGUUUCGAGCUGCGUGGUUUUGAGUCUGUUUGUUUGGUCAGCGUUUCAGACUUGGACAUCUGUGAGUUUAUUGACCAUUGUCCACGAACAAAGAAGUUCCUACGCGCCAUUUCCCUGAAACGCUCCACAGUGACAGAUGCAGGAUUGGAGGUCAUGCUGGAGCAACUGGGAACCGUAACCUCACUGGAGCUAAGCGGGUGUAACGAUUUCACGGAAGCGGGACUUUGGGCAAGUCUCCAGCCGAGGUUAACGGCUCUGAGCAUUAGUGAUUGCAUCAAUGUUGCAGAUGAGAGCGUGGCGGCCAUUGCGCAGAGGCUUCCUCACCUGCGUGAGCUCAACCUUCAGGCUUACCAUGUGACCGAUGCCGUCCUGGGCUGUCUGGUGGCCCAGAGAUGUGGCACGCUGACCACUCUAAGGCUCAAGUCCUGCUGGGAACUGACCAACCAGGCAGUAGUGAACCUGAUCCACUGCCUGCCACAGCUCACUACCCUCUCACUGUCUGGGUGCAGUAAGAUCACGGAUGAGGCUAUUGAGCUUAUAGCCGAGAACCUGGGGCAGCUCAGGUGCCUGGAUCUAUCAUGGUGCCCUCGUAUCACAGAUGCUGCUUUGGAAUACAUCGCGUGUGAUCUACCCAAACUAGAGGAACUAACAUUAGACAGAUGUGUCAGAAUCACAGAUACAGGGGUUGGAUUCCUCGCCACCAUGGGAUGUUUGAGGGCGCUAUACCUCCGAUGGUGCUGUCAGGUUCAGGAUUUUGGACUUCAGCAUCUGUACGGCAUGAAGAGUCUUUUGGUGCUCUCCGUUGCAGGUUGCCCUCUUCUCACUGCGUCGGGUCUAUCAGGUCUUGCCCAGCUGAAACAAAUGGAGGAGUUAGAAGUCACCAACUGCCCCGGAGCAUCCCCGAAGCUGCUCCAGUAUUUCUCUGCUAAUCUGUCUGCUUGCAUCCUCAUCCAUUGAGCCACUUUGUGUACGUCCCCAAAAUGAAAAGAAGAAAAGCCCCUCUCAUAGUAAUCGGUCGACUUACUUUUGCCGGCUUAAAUGGCUCAAGUCGUAGAGAACUCGGGAACAACUCUGCAUAGCUCGCCACAAGUCGUGCUGACUCAUUACAAGCUUUUGAACUCAUUUACUAGUGUGUAUAUCUCAAGGAGGAAAAGAUGAAUAGCUCCUUCCAUACCUUGCCAGAGUUGGUGCAGAGUUUUAAACCCCGAGCUAGCUCGGCAAAUCGCAGAAAAAUGUGAAACUCCAUGCAGGUAACGCCCUCGAGCUAACAACUCGGGGAUAGAUCGUCAUGUCUCGUGGUUUUUUCAAACACGUUACAAAUACACAUUCACGAAGUGACGGUAGUGAAAAAAAAUUGCAUUCACUUUGCGUUACGAUUUUCCUCACUACCGUCACUUCGUGAAAACAAGGACGUAGUGUCUAUUUCCGAGCUCGGGGUCGUUAGAGCUCGGAGAAGUUGGUAAACCGAUCGGGAUAGCUCGGCAUACUUCGUAGCAACUCGUACUUACUCGUACACUUUAUGCACGCAUUAAAUCAGACUCGAACUACCUAAUAAAUAAGACGCACCCCGCGUGCAACAGAGCUCGGAAAAGAGCGCCAACUAAAUCUAAAAGUUAAAGUCGAAGUAAAGGUUACCUUCACACCUUAUUCAAUGUAAAAAUACAAUUUUUAUUUUAUCAGUACAUUCCCACCAAUAUUCUCUCUCAUAACUUUUUGCACGAUCUAAGAAGUUGCUCAUUAAUUGAGGAGUAAACCCCCUUUUAUUCACCACAAAUCCUAAAACAAUUAACAUGGCACCGAUCGGGUUAAUAUAGUUUAUUCGUUUUUGCAAUGUUUGAAAGUUGAAAAAGUAAAAUGUCGUCAAGCUGCAGCAUUUGUGUUUCUGUUGAGGUAUUCCUUUCCCCGAUUCGUUUGAUUCAUAGUAUAAAUAGUUUCAGAGUCGGCAGCCAUUUCAAAUUGAGAUGGCCAUCGGUAGACUAAUAUUGCAAUGUUGUUUCAAAUGCUUUCCCGUUUAGAAGCCGUAUGCUCUAACCCCAUGUAACAAGGGGUUCUUCUUUAUAAUAUGGAUGGGUCAUGAGGGGGUCAUGAUAGUUCCCCUGCACCCUUUUACUCCCUCCCCUUUGAGAAGAAAAACAACAGAACAGAAAUUUUCUUUUAACCUCCGGACCUGCUUGUGCGAAAGAGAAAAAAAAACGAAGUUAUGGAAUUAUGUGAUAAUGAUACCAAACAGUGGUGACGAUAAGAAGCAAUAUUAACAUGAUGAAGGAGCGAAGAAGAGAAUUAUUGAAAUUGUAAAAGUAAAUGUUAGACGGGGAAAAAGAAAACGGGGGAGAAGAAAAGAUGGGGAAGCUAGAAAAGACAAGAAGAUUAAGAAGUUUCUGAUGGUGAGGAGAAGAAGAAAGCAUGAUGAAAAAAAGGGGGAGAGGAUGAUGGAGGAAGCAAGGGAGGAAAGUGAAUGGGAAGAGAAAGAAGAGGUAAAGAUGAAAAAUUGAGAAGAGAUGAUGAAGGUAAUUACGAAACUCUGGAAAAAUGGAAGAAAGAAGCACAAUUGAAACCCGUUAAACGGUUUGGUUUAAAUCUCGAGGGAAAAAUUAGUCUUACAUGAAUAAAACAUCUCUCGUAACCAGGCAACAUAAGUGGCGAAAGAGCAAACGCAAUAUUGCAUUUGAUUUGUAUGCUUUUCCUGUCAGUCAAUAUCAACCAUGCAUUGACGUUUCUGUCAAAGAAUCAGACACAUUUUAUAUUCAUAUAGUUAUGAAGAUUAUCUCGUUUUUAUUUUGUGAAUAAUAUAUAAUGCUAUUAAAUUUUAUUGAGAGAAUUUCUUUUUCCAUCAGAUGUAUAUAAUCAUUAUCAUUGUCAUUAUGAUUCUAUGUUGCUUUAUUUUCUGCUUUGUGUUUUCGUUAUUAUGCAAAUCAUUGAUGUAGGUUGUUUCUUUGUUUGUCAUUAUUAUAUUCAUCCAGUCGAGGAAGUGCUUAAUGUUGUAUGCGGAAUUCAAUUCACGGGAACGGGUGAACAUGGUUAAAAAGAAGAAAAAAAAAAAUCUUCCAUUUGACAUCGAGCUUUGUCUUCUCUGACUUCAUGGCGUAAUCGCCACUCUCAUAGCUAUAUCAAAAUCACUGACUGUAUAUUUAUCAAUUUUUUGUGCAAUAUAGAUUUCUUGUUUUCUUGCUGGACAAGACUGUGUCUCCGUGGCUCUAUUUUGUUUUCAAACUACUUAACGAUAUAAUAAGACUUAUUGAUUCACGAUACGUAGCAACAAAUUGAGAUUCAUAAAUUGGGUUAUUACUUAGCGUGAAUGCAUACUCAACAUUCUUCCUAAUAUGAUAACUUGUAUCGCGGUCGCGAAGACUUUCGGGAAAUCAACCUUGAGCAAUUUCAGUAGCCUUGCCCAUCACCUAUAUUGGAAUGUGCCAACAUUACAAUGAAGUAUUACGUAAUCCGAAAUUGAUUUCUUAGGGACAUUAAAGUUGCCAUUGAGUUGAUUUUUCGAGAGUCUUUGCGAUCGCAUUGUGUGCAAAUUUUAACUUCAUGUGGGUGAGAGUGCAAGUUUCAACUUGGCAUUUCUGCCUGCAAAGAAGGGAGAAAUAUAGUCGUAUCGAUUUAUACAGGUAAAAUGUGCAGAUCUAUUGAAAGAGGAAGAAGUAUGUUGAUGUCACAAUUCGUUAACGCACAUCUAUGUUUAAAUACUCGUAUAUCAAUAAGUGAAACAUCUUGCCGAGACUGCAAUGAUUAAGGCAAAAAUUGUGUGCUACGUAUUGAUUAAAAUAGAUAUUGCGUUGAUUGAAUCAUGCCAUUGACUCUGCUGCCGUUCAGUGGCAAUCUGUAUAAAACUGUAAACGAUGUAGAGUACAUUUUAUAUUUUAUUAAGUAAAUUCAAAGACAGUGCAAUUGUAAUGACACUUAUCUCGCAUUGCUCGAAUUUAUGUUUUUCGAGAUGCAUUUGUGAUGACUUUAAUGUGAACCGAUAUAGCCUAGAUUUUGUACAAAACUACGAUGUUAAAUUCAGCCGUGGUAGGCCUAUAGCCUUGCAAGUUGUGGGCAUACAUUAUCAUUCAUCGUGUAUUUCCAGCAUUUUCCGCAUUUCCCGGUAAUUUUCAAUAUCAUUCAAAACCACCGUCCCAACUUGUCUUUUAAGCACUGUAAAAAUCAACACAUUUGUCUCGUUAUAGACGCAUGGUGUAAAUAAAUAAUCGUUAAUUUGGUUACCUCACCAACACCACAAUUGAAUUCAUAUGAUGUCAUAUAUACAUACAUAGGAGGUGCUAUAUUUGACUCGAAAUGUAUUGAUUGUGCCCUAAAUCAUUUGUGUUCACCAAUUCGUGUAUAAAAAAAACUAUAAACGAAAAGAUUGUCGGCAAAAAAAAAUAGAACAUGCAUAUUGUUGUCUUACUUGUAUUUACACCAAAGUAGCGCGCUCACAAAUACAGAGACAUAUUUUAAAAUGUCUAAUUGUAGCUCAACAUUUCUUAAUAUCUUUGUGCAAUCGUUAAGUAGAGCAUCCUUGAGAGUAUUUUAAAAUCACGUGUAAACUCGUAUGAAUUCGGCUGUGAGGCUGUACAUAAUUAGUAUUCACGUAUUAAAAAAAAAAGGCUUUUAAAAUAUGAAUCAUCUCUGUGCUCGAUGGAUGAUAAACCUAGAAACUAUUUUAAAUUUAAUUCAGGACAAAAAAGGUGCGAAAGGUCAUACGAAGAUGUAAAAUUCAUUGUAUAAUAUUUAGCUUUAGUCAGGUCCCGCAAAAGGUCAUGACCCUUGCACACGAGGCGUCAGUUGGAUUGCGUCAUGAAUGCGCUAAUAAAAUCAAUCGCGCUAAUGAAUCAUGGGAAGAAACUGAGCGCAUCGACGCGGGGAAUGCCUAAAUCGAUGCCUCUAUUUUGUGCAACGGGCAUUUACGACUUAGAGUAACUUUAAAAAUUAUAUAAGUAAGUUAAUCUUUGAUGGUGCAAUGAGAUAACUAAGCUUUACGAAGAGGCUAAAUUUAUUUAUUGGACAUAUUGCAAUCGUGUUGAAUUACUUGAAUGACCCUGCUUAGUUUGGGGGUCAUGUAUAAAAAGAAAGAAUUAUUGACCACCGUGGACAUGAGAUGACAAUUCACUUAUACUUUGAUUUUUAUAUGACUGGUUAUUUUCCGUUGAAGUGUAAUUUAUUCAGAAAUGUGUUAUCUUUAUUGUAAUGCCUACAAAAAAAAACUUACAAAGCUUUAGACGAUUGGUAGAUGUCUUGUGUUUUAUUUGUAAAAUUGUGAAAGUAUUCUUGAAUUCUAUAUAUUAUGAAGAUAUCAUGUCUACAGAAGUUAUCCAUUAAAUUAUGAGUAUAAUGUGACCAAAAGAAGAA